AUGGCCCGUCGUCGGCCUGUCACCUUUGAGUCUUCAAGCUCAUCAGAAUCAGACUCUGAUUUAGACUUUUCUUCGGCGUCAUCGCGCAGGACUUCCCCAAAUCCUUCAGCAGAGAAAUCUGCUUCCAGCACUGAACCCUUGAAAGGGAGAAACUGUAAGCGCAAGUCGUUAGGCGACGAUAAUAACAACAAUACGAAGAGUUCAGAAUGUCCACGAUGUGAGGAACUAAGCUACGCAGAACACGCCCAGGACCCAGGAGAGAUACACCUCAGUGGAGUGCAUCAAGUUGUCAUUACUGCCAUUCGCGCAACCGAUCUCACUCUUGGUCUCCGACGGAUCCCCGCCGGCUUCCUUGUGGUGGUCAGGGCUGACGGUGCUGAAUACCGGACAAGCAAUAAAUCUACAAACAUAGACCAGACCGUCGUCGAAUGGCAUGAGCAUAUUCUUCUGCCGUGCGAGCCAUCUUCUAAAGUUCGGGUCAGCGUGUAUGCUUCGUUUGAACUGGGUCCCAUGCAACAAGCACUGCAUUACCCGAUGUACUUGCGUCUGUCACUUCUCCGCCGCGUAAUACUCUUUCAAACGACUGGUGGUAUGGAUCUAUAUGUCAACCAGUUCGGACUUCAGAACCACGACGCAUUCUACACGAACAACGAAAUAUUGACCGCCUUCCAGAAUUACACCCAGCAGAUCGUAUUACGCUAUCUCAACAGCCCUGCUGUAUUUAGCUGGGAGCUUGCGAACGACGCUAGAUGCAACGGGACCUUGCCCACUAGUCCAACAUGCACAACACAAACAAUCACACAGUGGCACGCUGAGAUGGCUGCAUUCAUCGCGUCCAUUGAUUCCAACCACAUUGUCUCUGCUGGAACAUCUGGAUUUCAAUGCACAGAUUGUCCGAAGUUGUAUCCCAUUACACCAACAGCUUCGCCUACGCCCUCUCCCGCACCUGGCAAGAAGCGCAACAAAGUCACUCCUUUGACAAAAGAGCAGAUCAUAAGGCAGCGCGCUGAGUCGAGACACCAAAACAGGGCAACCGCCAAGCGUGCAGGCACCUUGAAGGAAGGCGGCGUAAGGAUACGGGGUCGUUGGGUAUCUACAGCAACGCGAGAAGUCUCGAGCUCGAUCGGCCCCACGACGGAUGGUUCAACUGGCGUCGACAGCCAGGACAUCCUUAACAUCCCCAACAUAGGCUUCGGUUCCUUCCAAGUAUUUCCCGACCAGAACUCGUACGCUCCCGAUGAUCCAAACCUUAGCCUCGUCCAAAACAAGAUCCAGUCGAGUCUUACGUGGAUCCAGCAAUCGGCUCAGUCUGCUGCUGCCGUUGGGAAGCCUGUUGUCCUCAAUGGAUUCGGUCUAGUUACCCAAUCCAAUCUGAACGACUUCGUCCCCUUCAACAUGACUUAUGCUCCUUAUGCACCCGAUACAGCGGUCACCGCGAGGUCAGGUUUUGCCGGUAGCAAGCGACAGAGCUCAUCAUCAGACUACGCCGAUAACAGUGACCAAGAAUCAGGUUACAGCUCGUUUUUGCAGAUGGGCAACAGCGCUGGAUUAGCAGGCGUCAUGCAAUACCAGUGGGGCUCAACCGGCGUUACCCAAACAAGCAGUACCAUCCAGUUAGACGAGUUAGACACAACCGACUCCCCAGCAUCAGGGGCAACACUAGUUGCUUCGCCUAACGAUGGUUACUCCAUUGCUAAUAACCCAGCCAUUCAACAAAUCCUGCAGCAGGGCGCGCAGGCAAUGGCUCAGAAUUCAUGA